AUGAACGGAAAGAACGAAAAAAAACAAAUGAACGGAAAGAACGAAAAAACACAAAUCAACGGAAAGAACGAAAAAACGCAAAUCAACGGAAAGAACGAAAAAACGCAAAUCAACGGAGAGAACGAAAAAACGCAAAUCAACGGAGAGAACGAAAAAAACAAAAAAAACGAAAAAAACGAAAAAAAACAAAUGAGCCAAGGGGACGAAAAAAUCAUGUCACGUCAAGCGGGCAAAUUGGCAGGACGCAAAAAUGGAGGAAUGGACAAAUGA